CUAGUUCAGUUACGUAAGAUUUAUUUGUACUAUUUUAUCGAUAGAGUACAUAAAUGUCAGAUGUAGUACCUCGAUUUGACGUAAAAAUAUGAUGGCAGCAUAAUACAACGUCUAACGUGAGUUAACCUAAUAAAAAAGUCAUGUGUAACCACGUGUAGUUGUGCACUAGAGUGGAGAAUAUUAAUUUAUUAUUACUAUUCAUCAAUGAAAAUACAUAAGCACAAUUAACUGUUUUUGAUACGUAAAUCAAAUUUAAAAGAAAAAUGAGUUUAUUUGUUAUAAAUAGGUAUGAGGGUGAAAGCAAGGAGGAAGUUGAAAAUGAAACAAAUUAUUUGGAUGAAUUGUUGAAGAGAAUAGAAGAACGUAAAAAACAAAAAGUUGCAGCAAAUAGUAAAGUUAUACCAAAUGUGGAUCAAAACAAUUUAAAUAAACAUCAGAAGAGAAAGAAAUCUUUACUCAAUACAGAUGAAACUAAUGAUUCACACAUUAAAGUCAAAAGUGAGAACAAUGAAAAAAUUAAUGAACAAAUUGAACAAACAGAAAUGGUCAAAGCAUCAAAAAAGAAAAGAAAGAAGAAAGAUACUGAGAGCACACAUACUGCAGCACAGGAAAAUGAAGAAUCACAAGAAAAGGAUAAUAAUUUAGUAAAUGGAAAAGAAGAUAAUGAUACUACAAAUAUAAACGAAGAAAAAAUUGUGCAAAGUAAUUUUGUAGUGUUAGGUGCAAAAUCUAAAAAAAAGCAACGUGAAGUUAAAAGAAUAUUGCCAGACUGGCUGGCACAUCCAGAAGUUAUAUCGGCUGAUUUGAAUAGUGGACCUAGUUUAGAAGAAUUUGAUUCAAUUUUGGAUGCUAAAUUGAUAGAAGCCUUAAGAGCUAAUAGCAUUGUUAAAUUAUUUCCAGUUCAAUCCAGCAUAAUAAAAUGGUUGCAUAAGUGUAACAUGGAUAGGAAAAUAGGACGGUGGCUGAGAGAUACAUGUGUAUCUGCUCCUACAGGCAGUGGUAAAACCCUGGCUUAUGUAUUACCCAUUGUACAGGAAUUGCAAACACGAUUGAUACCGAAGAUACGUUGUCUAAUUGUUCAACCAGUACAAGAAUUAGCUGCACAAGUUUACAAAGUAAUGAUCACUUAUACAUCUCAUACAAAUUUAAAGGUGGGCCUGCUUUCAGGUGCAUUUUCGUUUGAACAAGAGCGUAAUAUAAUUAAGAAAAAUGAAAGAGAAAAAUAUUUAUCCAUGGUGGAUAUUAUAAUCGCAACGCCUGGUCGUUUAGUAGAUCAUAUAUUAAAGACACCUGGAUUUUCCCUUGAUUCUCUAAGAUUUCUUAUUAUCGAUGAAGCCGAUCGUGCAGCGGAAUGGAUACAGUAUUUACCUGAACCUCACUCUCGUCCUUUUAUUUUAACGCUUGAAAAUAUACAUUCCAGUAAAGUCAUACCAGCUCAAAAACUAUUAUUUAGCGCAACCUUAUCGCAAGAUCCUGAAAAGUUGAACCGGUUGAACCUUUUUCAACCAAUUCUGUUCACGACUGUUGUGACCGACAAAGAUACGGAUGUAAAUUUGGAUAAGAUCGCGGGUGAUUUCGUCGGACGUUACACGAGUCCGGGGGAACUGACGGAACUCGCGGUGGAAUGCAUUGCCGAAUACAAACCAGUUGCCCUGUAUCAGCUGUUGACGAGGCACGAUACCAUUUCCAAGACUCUCGUCUUCACAAAUUCCGGACAUACCGCGCACAGACUGGCGCUUUUGAUGCAAUCACUCUUGUCGGAACGGAAUGUCGCAGUCGGAGAAUUGUCUGCUCAACUCGCGUCGAAGCAACGCGAAAGUGUUCUCAGUAAAUUCGCAAGCGCAGAGAUACAUGUAUUAAUAAGUUCAGACGCGCUGGCUAGAGGUUUAGACAUUCCGGAUGUGCAACUGGUUAUAUCUUAUGAUGUCCCGAAGCACAUCAAAGGCUAUAUACAUAGAGCUGGAAGAACUGGGCGAGCUGGUAAACCGGGCGUUGCAAUAUCUAUACUCACGCCGAAUCAAGUUGGGAUAUUUAAGCAAAUGUUAAAUGGUGCACAUAAACUCGUGCCUAAUAUCGAGAAAAUGGAACUGAAUACCACGGUGAACGCGGUCAAUUAUCAGAAUCAUCUUGGAGAAUUAAAGGAAAUUCUUGAGAAAGAGAAGAAUGAGAACUUGGAACGAAUAAAAGCCGUUAAACGUAGACGUCUGACAAAUGUGAUUAAGCAAAAUGAAAAUUAAAAUAACUUUUUGCAAAAAAAAAUAUAUAUUCCUUUUCUGUGUAAGCUGCUCCGUGCUACUUAUACAAUUAUUAUUCGAAAAAGUUUGUCUAUCGAUAAUAGUUAAUAGUAAUAACUUAUUUAAUUGUUGAUGUUAAGCUCAUUUACACGCUGAAUAAAAUACAGAAACGUAUACAGAUAA